ACUAGCUCCACGCUUUAUACUAGCCCCGGCCACCGCACUUUACCCUCCGCAGCCAUCUUUGCUCCUUGCCUCACACUCCUAGAUUUCCUACAGAUUCCGUUAGCUGUGGGUUUUAUUUAUUUUAUUUAUAAAUUGUACAACAUUUUUUUAACUUGUUAAAAAAGAAAUAAAUCAUGUUGGACUCAGAAUUAGAAAGAUCAACAACCAAAAGCAAAUGUAACUAUACAAGCUUAAGAAAUAGCAAAAUCAAAUUUGCAAAAUUGGUGGCCGGUGCAUGGCUUGGCCGAGACGGCUGGAGCUGGAAUGGAUGAGGAAGGGAACUAAGUCAGUAUGGCAGAAGUACAUGAAGAUGACCGUAAACUAUUCUGCGGGGCUCUACCUCAGGAGGCUAAGGAUACAGAUAUCAAGGAGUACUUCUCAACAUUCGGAGAGAUCGACAGUGUAAACCUGAAGAUGGAUCCCGUCACUGGAAGAUCAAGAGGGUUUUGUUUCAUCGUGUUCAAGGAGACUGCAUCUCUAGAGGCUGCUGUAGCUAACGAGGCACAUGUUGUCAAGGGCAAGAAAGUAACCUGUAAGAAAGCUGAGGCUAGACAAGGAAAGAUCUAUGUUGGUAAACUACCACCAGGAGAUGCACUAUCCAAGGAGGAUAUAACAACACAGUUCGGAGAAUAUGGAGAGGUUGUUGAGGUUGUUAGACCCGUUGAUAAAAUGAAGGAUAAUGAACCUAAAACCUUUGCUUUCAUCACCUUUGCCAGGGAGGAUACAGCUAAACAACUAGUUAAAAUGGGAGAAGUCACAAUCGGCGGUCACACAGUUGAGAUCAAGCGCGUGACACCCAAGGAUCAAGGAAAUGCCGGUGGAUGGGGCGGAAAUAUGGGCUGGGGUGGAUAUUCUGAUCCCUAUGGAUAUGGUGGAUAUGGAGGCGGAUACGGUGAUCCCUACGGCCAGUAUGGUGGAUAUGGAGCUCCCGGAUGGGGAGGACCUGGGUUUGGUGGUGGAGCCGGAGGAAAGAUGCGAGGUGGACCUGCUGGUGGCCGAGGAGGCGGAAGAGGUCGGGGACGUGGCAGACCGUACUAGGGAGGGGAGAGUUUAUAUAUAAACCUGAAAAUUGAACUAAAAUGCUGUUAAAAUGUUGUAGACACAGAAUAUUGUAUUGUUUGUACCGUUGCUGUCGAGCAUUUAAAUAUAAUCGAUCGAUUUGCAAGUUA